AUGGCAAAUGCGGCAGUAGGAGAACUGAUGCUUGAUGAUUUGCCACCCGACACAUACGAAGUGAUGACGGAGGCCAUUGAAAAGAAUGAAACCACAUUUUACAACCUGAUUUACCUUACUGCAUGGCGUAAGGUGCAGAGGGAGUUCUUGGCCUUCAUCACACCCCCAUGUAUUGCAGCUGAGGAAAGUGUUUCUCACUCCCCUACAGGAGAAGAAGGAAACAGCGGGUCUGCCCUACAUUCCGCAGUCCUCAGUCUUCUCGUUCUCUGCAUGGCGGUAACCCUUGUGCAAACUGUCGCUUAA